AACAAUCGGAGCCUCUACGAGGCUUUCCCCCCAACUUCUACUCUUUCGUCGUAUUCUACAAAUACACUCGUAAGCAGGUAGAAUCUUAUCAGUUUACUCAGACCCAACCCAGCUCUAAUUUUUGAGUUUUGAAACCUCGACAACGAAUGCGUCGUCCGAGGAAGGUCACUCCCGCUGUUCCGGCCCCUGCCGCAGCGACGGACUCACCGGCUGAUGCCGCGUCCGCAUCCGAAGAGGAUGAGGAGUUCGGAGGAUUCGACUCCUCCGACGGUGAGGAGCCUUCGGGCACCGCACCGCCAUCGCCAGCAUCUUCGGAUGAUGAAGGUGAUGGCAAAAAGACUGCAAAGCCUUUGGCUCGCAGCAAGAACACGUCUGACGAAGUCAGCGUGAUUGAGAAAAGCGUCAUCGACGCAGAGCCUCACUUGUCUAAAGACAGUGACGGUCUCGACUCCGUUCCUCGGCAAGAUCGUGUUGAACGAAAGGCCUUGAUGGUCGUCCUCCGUGACGUCAUCUGUGUUCCAUUGUCAGUUGCGGCUGCAAUGUUGAACAACGGCAUUAAAUCAUCUGAUGAUUUCCGUCUUCUCACGAAGGAGGACAUCAAUGAUCUCUGCAUGCGGCUCAAAAUGGGCUCCAUGCAUACCAAGCGAAUACUCGUCUUCGCAAAAUGGAUGCAUCAUGCACCCAACUCAGUCGAUGUCGCCAAAGAGUUCACGGCUUCCGUGCUACGCUUUGAGAUGAUGACUAGAGCCGCGGCGUCGUAUGAUAACGUGACUACGACGGCUGCAAAGGCUGAAAAAUCGGCUACUAGCCUCUUGCCUGAACCGUUUGAUGGUUCGCAGAAAAAGUGGCUCACUUUUCGUUACGGUUUCGAAGCGUGGGCAGGCGCAAGUGGGUCCACUUUUACCGCGUGCAUCGCGCACCAUUCGGAUCGGUAUUCGAAAGCCGACCCAACCGGACCCCAUACGUCGCCCCGUGACGUUUCAGAUUUGUUUGCACUCUCCCCAGUUGUCAACAUCACCAGGAACGCAACAAUCUUCUAUACUCUCAUGUCGCUAACCAGCGCUGGGGACGCCUGGGGACUUGUUGAGCCCCACGAGCACACUAAGGACGGACGCAGUGCCUGGAUUUCUCUAUGUGCCUUCUAUGAAGGAACGAGCCAAGUGGGUCUCACUACCGAGCAGGCUCGCGCGACAGUUAUGGAGUCGGUGUAUACAGGACUGUCCAAACAGUUUUCCUUCACCAAAUAUGUCGCUCGGCAUAUUACUGCCAACAAUGCCCUUUUGCGUAACAAGGAGGGCUAUUCGGACGCUCAGAAAACGAAUUUCUUUCUUAAAGGGAUUACUGAUCCGGCACUCCUUCCUUAUAAGGCAACUGCCGAAGCGCGACUCGAUGACUGGAAUUUUAAUCGGGUCGUCAACUACAUGCGUACGUCCGCGACGAAACUCAGUUCCAAGGACAGAAGCGACUCACGGAACGUACGUCAGACAAAGACCACUGGCAGAGCCACCGGCAACCAACGUGGUAACGACAACAAACGGCGUGGCUCGUCCAACCGUCCGUCGAACAAGGGGGCUGAGAAACCUUCCCGCCCUCAUAAACACGUCUUACCUCCUGAGCUGUGGGAAGCCCUAACCCCAGCUAUCAGGGAGAGUAUCUUGAGCGCAAAACGCAGUAUUGCACCCCCUGGCCGUGAGGCCAAAAGGGCUAAAUCCUCAGAUACAGAUAACUCUAGUUCAACCGUUGAAUCUUAUUCACAACUGCCUAGUAGUAAAAAAACUAUUCGUAAACAUACAUGCGAAAAUCACGUCCAAGUAGAUCCCAGUACCCCUGAAACCCUACUUCGUGACGCACCCACAGACAUUUCACCCCACGUCACCGCAAAAAAAGUGACAUUUGGUGCAGGUGUCCUCUUUGGUCGGUACGCUAAUCGCGUAUCGUUGAAUCGUAUGGUCCGCUCCGGCAGUCAUUUCGAUCAAGCCCCUUGGCGCAAGUCGGAUUUCCGACUUAACGAUGCGACACUAGUUCGUAUUCGUCAGAACCGCUCACGCGGAACAAAAACUCCCACCAAUUAUGGUGAAGCGGUAAUUGAUACUGGUGCAGACACCGUCUGCGUCGGUGCCGGGUACUCUGUAUUGUCAUACACGGGUCGAUCAGUCAGCCUUCGCGGUUUUCAUGAUGACGGUGAAACGUUUGAACGGAUUCCGGUUGUCACGGCGGCAACCGCCUAUGAUUAUGACGACGGAACAACCGUGAUUCUCAUCUUUCAUGAGGCACUGAACCUCGGGCCCACACAGACCACCUCGCUCAUUAAUUUGAAUCAAAUCCGACAUGCCGGACAUCAAACCGAUGACAUUCCAAAAUUUUUGUCGCAAGGCAAAUCCCUUCACGGCAUCGAAACUCUCGACGGUGAUUAUAUCCCGUUUGAGCUCAAAGGUCGUGCAUCUCUGUUGUAUUCUCGCGUCCCUACUCAACAUGAGCUUGACAACUGUCAGCACAUUGAUCUCACUUGCGAUCAACCAUGGGACCCCAACAGUAAAGAUUGGGAAGAAAAUGAAGCAAAGUACACGCGACACGAUCGUUCUCGUCGUGCCUGCUACACCGACAGCGUACAGGUUGACAUUCUCCCUGAUUGGCCUCCACUACCCGUUUCUCCUGGAUCCGUUGUACCGGAUUUCCAUAACCGUGUCAUGAACCCUCGCGACGUCGUUCGCGAUAUCAAAUACGCCACUAUCGGUGCGUCCAUAUCCAGCCCUCGGGUGAUGGACGUCGACCGCGAUACAUUACGGCGAAUUCUCGGACAUGUGCCGAUGGAAGUAGUUGAGCGUACUCUUACCGCCACUACACAACUAGCGGAGCGCACGGGCGAAAUGCCUUUGCAUCGUCGUUAUAAAACCAAGUUUGAACAACUUCGGUAUCGACGUUUGAAAUGCACACUUUAUAGUGAUACUUUUAAAUCCUCUAUAAAAUCCUCGCGUGGACAUACCCAUACUCAGGGUUUUGUCUGUGGUGACUCUUACUUUAUCUAUCAUUACCUAAUGAAAGCAGAGUCCGCGGCAGACCAGGGUCUCGCCGAAUUCAUCCACAACAUCGGUAUUCCUGCACAAUUGCACACCGAUAACGCGAAAGUGGAAACACUUAGCAAAUGGAAAAAAUUAACUUCCAGUCACUGGAUAAAGACGACGGUCACUGAACCCUACUCUCCGUGGCAAAAUCGCUGCGAACACGAAUUUGGUGCUGCGCGCAUUCACACGCGCCUCGUUCUCGAAACCACCAAGUGUCCCGAACAAUUAUGGGACUACGCCCUUGCCUACGUCAUUUUCGUACGUAACCACACGGCACGAAAAGCGCUGGCCUGGAUCACGCCUCUUACUGCGAUGACUGGCGACACCCAUGAUAUUUCUGAAAUCCUGGUUUUCGAAUUUUUCGAACCAGUUCAGUAUUUUGACAAUCCCGAUGUCAAAUUUCCACAAAAUAAAGCCAAAGUCGGCCGUUGGUUAGGUAUUGCCACCAAUGUGGGCCAAGCCUUGUGCUACCAUAUUUUGACAGCCAAGGGUACUGUAAUCACUCGAUCUACCGUUACACCUCUCCAAAACCUCGAUUCGUCUGCUCUGCAGACUGCCCUCGCUACUUUUGACGCCACCAUAAGGGAGAUUUAUCAGCCUUCUGAUUUCGCCCUCGGUAACAAAAUCAAAGCGCCGGCUUUCCGCCGUGACGAAGCGAUGAAAGUCGCUCGGCGAUCCGACGAUCCCGGCGAUGGCAACACCCGUAACAGACACGUGUUAUACGAUCUGAACGAAGGGGACGACCAUAUUCAACUGGAUCCCGGGCUCACGGUUGACGAUUUCUUCGAGAACGACUCACCGGAUCAGGACCCCACCUCCUUAAUUAUUGGUACUGACGUUCUACUCACUUCGGGUGCGGUUCAGCGCCAGGGCCGAGUUACCAAGCGCGAUCGCGACGGUACUCCAGUCCCUAACGACGACCCUGGAAAUUUCGUCGUCGAAUUCGACGACGGUACCGAGGAAGUCCACGGUUACCAAGCUCUCCUUGAUGCUGUUUAUAAGCAGAUCGAUGAUGACGGAAAUGAAUGGUACACUUUUGAUGAUAUUGUCGAUCAUCAAAAACGCCCCCGCGGUGGUCGGGGACGUACGCGUGGAUGGUUUCUACGCGUAAAAUGGGCCAACGGAGAGCAAUCCCUACCCGGUGGCCAAAUAUGCGGCCGACCACGAUCUCCUAUCUGA